AUGUCCCAUGCGCUCCUCCUCCGCUUGUUCCUAACCCCCUCUUUCUUUUCGGUCCAUGUCGCGUUGCAAUACCUCAAGACUUACUCAGACAAUAUAGGUAUCACCUAUUAUAUCACUCGCAGGCUCAGGGAUCUCGAUAUCUCAGAAUUGCGCGAUGUGUGGGGGUUCAUUUGCCAUCUUCUUCUCACACGGCCCUCGAAAUCAAGGGCAUUAGAAUGUUUUGUUGUCGAUGUUGCGCAGAGGUCGACUCAUAUAGCUUUACUUACAUUAUGGUUCAUGCAGGCAGCUCUUCAAGAUCUCACUCAUCCUGACUCCAAGUCGUUCUCAAUAUGCCAACGAGUUCUCCACAAGUGUCAUGAUAUCAUUUUCAGCGACUUACCACCUGCCGUUUCGCCAUAUUCAACCCUCAGUAUUCCAUUCCGAUCUCGUUUCUUCCGAAGGAAAAUAAAACCCCACAUGGAACCUGCCAUUGUGGGUAUCGGUAUGGUAUUGGCGGGAACCCCUGCUUUACCAAGGUUGACGGCAAUCAUGGGAGAGGUCACAAUCGAACAAGGGCGCGUCGAGGAGGAGCGAACAGAGAUAAGGAGCAUCGAAUUAAGAGACGAUGAUUUAACAUCUGGGUCAGAAUUGGCUUCUUUAGAGGAAAAUUCUGAAGACGACAAUGAUCCUGACGGAGAUGACUUCCAAUCCGUACAGGACGACCCUAACAAAGUACCGUCAGAAUCCUUGGUCAGUUUACGGCGUGUCACCGUUGGUCCUGCACAAACAGUCCCUACUCUUCCCUUACAUCUCGAGGCCAUAAGACGUUCCAGAAAUUCUGAGGAUCCUCUAGGGCAAAUCGAUCCCGAACCAAUAUCUGCCCCUUAUCAGUCAUCCCCGUCUUUACCUUCCCGGUCUUUACUUACUAGAAUGUCCUCCAACACCUACGCCGAUACCCUUCUUCAGUCCUAUGAUAUUCAGUCUCAAGUUCACUUGCUGAAGAAUCAUUAUUGUCGCUCCGAAGUCCGAUUCAUUCUAGCGUUAGAAAAUAUUGCAAAUCGAUUACUAGUGGUUCCCCGGCCUGCACGGGUCAGUGCCUUGAGGGCAGAGCUCACCUCUCUAAAUCACAAGCUUCCCGCAGAGGUGUGCAUGCCUAUGUGGUGUACUUCUUCCGACAACCCCCAAUCAAAUCACAUACCACAACCUCAUCACAGGAUUGUGCGUAUACCACCUGGCGAGAGCGUCGUCCUCAAUUCUGCGGAACGGGCCCCUUACCUCCUGUAUCUGGAAAUCCUCAUCGAUGAUCUCGAAUUUGACCCUCAGAAACGAAACAACAAGGAUAUAUUAAAGAGGGUUGUCGUGCAGGAGGAUGAGCGCAAGGGCGCCUCUCGGGAAUCCAAUCCGUUCAGCAACCUUAUUCAAGCUUCUUAUCAAAAUCGAGCAGUAGAGUCAAAUCAUGACGCCGACGUUGCAACGGAAGAUCCUCCAUCCGUCGAUACAAUACUAAGCAUAAUUCCACCCACACCUCGCAAUGCAAAUAGUAUUCCAGCCUUCGAGGAGGAGAUUGACUUGGUUGAACAACUUUAUGGUGCAGAUCUCUCUCUUCGCUCACAACCGAUGGAUCUAUCGGAGUCUAUCGUUCUUCCUCCUGCUCUCAAGAACAAGGACCUUGAUAUGGUAGCUUGGUCUCGUCCCUCAUCCAUCCCUGCCUCUCCUAAUGUUGAAAGCGAGGGGCCAGGAAUGCCUUCUACACCUGGGAAACAGCCCUCCACUACUUUGCCGCAAGAUGGUACGAUAACGCUUGAAGAGUACUCGGAGCGUAUGCGCACAGCCGCCAUCAUGUUGGCCCAGCUCAACGCGAAUCUUUCUCGGGAGCCUACACCUUCCUCAAUUCAAGAUUCAAAUUUCUCUGGUCCUCUUAGUUGGAUUCCGGGAUCCAAUUGGUUGAUGAAUUCAACCGAACAAGGCUCGAAAAUCCCUAUCCUCCACUAUCACUCUUCGUCAUCUGGUUCUCAAGAUUUCGGCAAAUCAACUCCUAUUAGAAUGCGGUUGCAACCGGCUGAAGCGUCCGCCAUUCGCGAUCGAAUUAUGCAGGAGAUGCUUGCCCUUGAGGAAGAACGCAUGGCAAGAAUGCAAGAGACGUGGGACGGGGAAGGUGUCCUUCGUGUUAACGAUGUCGGCGGGAGGUUGAAGACCGUUGAGGAUGAAAAUAUCAUUCGACGAGAACUCACCAAGGCAGACCCCUCUGCGAUGGUCUUCAGUGAGUCUUGGGCUGCCAAGAAGAGUCGAAUACGACAUGGCUCCCCGUAUGGACAUCUAGCAAAUUGGGAUUGCGUUUCGGUCAUUGUUAAGACCGGAGGAGACCUUCGUCAAGAACAACUAGCGGUCCAACUCAUACUCGAGUUCCAGAGGAUAUGGGAGGAGGAAAACUGUCCAUGUUGGGUCCGAUACUUUCGAAUUCUAAUAACUGGUGGGACGUCAGGGCUGGUCGAAACAAUAACCGACGCCGUUUCUAUUCAUUCGAUCAAGAAAUCAGAAUAUGCGCGUAGAUUGGCUGAGGGUAGGCUCGGUCAUGUCACCCUUCUUGAUCACUUCAUAGCUACUUAUGGAGACCCGUCUUCUGCCAAGUUUGCCCGUUACUCGAUAAUAACGUAUCUGCUCCAAAUUAAGGACCGCCAUAAUGGGAACAUUCUACUUGAUAGAGAAGGCCAUCUCAUACAUAUCGAUUUCGGAUUUAUCCUCACCAAUACCCCCGGAAACAUUCGCUUUGAGGCUGCCCCCUUCAAGUUGCCCCUCGAGUACAUUGAAGUCCUCGGUGGCGUGGAUAGUCAUUCGUUCAUCGAGUUCAAGCACCUUUUCCGAGAAGGUUUCGAGGCUGCUAGGAAGCAUUGUGAUAGAGUAAUCACCUUGGUUGAACUGAUGCAGAAAGACUCAACUCUUCCUUGCUUCGCAGCAUUGGGUGAACAGACAGCUGCUCAGUUGCGUGAACGGUUCCAGCCUGCCCUGACACACUCUCUCGUUGGGGAGAUGGUAGAACGCUUGAUCUAUUCGUCUCUAGGGUCUCACUGGACAAGACUAUAUGAUUCAUAUCAAUACUAUUCUCAGUCGAUUUUAUGA